UACUUUAUUUUUGUAAUAAAGUUCAGGAAUAUUUUACUUCGAGUGUUUUCAUUCAGUAUCAGUUUAAAACUUCUGCCCGACUUGGUUACUGGUAUCAGUAAAAUCCACUAUCGGUCGACCCCUAGCCCUAGGGUGUAUAACAAAAGUCUGCUUUAAACAGUUUUUAACAACAGCAUUUACUCAUCACAUGUUUUCUGUGCCACUUUUGUUUGCCUGACCAGAAAUGCACGCAGUGGCUAAAGAGAUUGUACCCAUUAACGGUGCUGACCAUCUCAAUAUCAGUAAUAUCCUUCUAGAGAAGUGGCUUUGCACACCAGGGCAGACAAAUGGCAAGGACCUCCAGUACCAGGACUCUGUGACUGAUCUUACUGAGGAUCCUGAUCUCAUGAGAGUGGUGUAUUUGCUGCAGAUGCACUCCAUGGAUAUGAGGUAUGUCUGCUCAGUCCCAUCCUGAGUGCAAAGACAAAGGUAAAUUAUAUAGCUGUUUCUUCAGCAUGUAUAUGAUUUCUUCCCAUUUUAUACAGUAUUAGUAUAAUUUAAAGGGCCAGUGGGUAAAAUCAAAGCUCUAAAGUUUACAUGUACAUUAACACUGUAAUUAUUAUUUAUAACUCCUUCAUCCUACCUUCCCUCCAAGCCCAUAUACAUGUAUACCUGCCUCCUACAAUUUCUGAUGGACAGCAGUUUAUCGUCAUGGUCAUUUGCAACAAACCUUUCAUUUACUGGAUGAAUGAACGUCAGCAUUCAUUCAUACGCCUCGUCCCAUAUGAGGAAAGUAUAUCUGGAAAACUAAGCAUUACUUAUCAGACUUGACACAUUAUACUGGUGUGUAAAACCUAACACUAACUUUUUUUUAAAGAAAAACAAAGUACACAAUGAUUUAUUACAUUAAUACUAAAUAACGUUAUCUGUAUAUAGUUACACUUCAUAUAAUUUAUGUUUGGGCUGCAGCGACUAGUCUGAAUAAUCAGUACACUUCCUGUAGAAGUCCCUGUAGAAGUUAUUACAAUAAAAACGAUAAUGUUUAGAAUGAGCACGUUAGUCUGUCUUUUUUUGUUGUUGU